AUGCAGUGCACCAACAACUUAAAGCAACUGCUAAUUGGGCUACACAAUUACCACGAUCAAUUUCUCGCGUUUCCCCCAGGCAGCGUUAAUUCGACGGUUCCUCGAAACGGCGGCGGCAGCGGGAACAGCUUCGGGCCAAGCUUCUACGGCAUGAUGCUUCCCUUCUUCGAGCAAGCCGCGCUGUACGACAGCAUGACUUGGGUCGGCGAAUCGCCUGGCUAUAUCGCCGAAGGUUCCGGCAGCGCAGGCGAUGCGAACCGUCCUUUCGUGCAGCAAGCCGGUGCAAUCACCGUUAUGCGUUGCCCUUCCUCGAGCGGCCCUCUAAGGGGCGGCGAUAACUUCUGCCCUCAAGCCCACUACGCCGGCGUUUCUGGGUGUGCCGAACCAACUUCGUUCACUGAAAACCGUAUCUCAACGGUCACCGUUGCCGGGCAACCGACACUCGUUUCCGGAGGUGGCAUGAUGUUGCCGAACUAUUCGACCGGCUUCCAGUCGUGCACCGAUGGUUCCUCCAACACGAUCAUCCUGGGCGAGAUCUCUGGUCGCUUGAAGCGGCUUGAUGGUGCGUACUCGGAGCUUGCAGCAGCAGGUACCACGCAUGGCUGGCUGAUGGGCAACCGCGUCACCGGUUACCCGCCGAAUCUCGACAACGGUUCCAACAGCGACCAGCGCUGCUUCAACUUGACCACGGUGCGUUAUUCGCCCAAUGCCGAUCCGUUCGCCUAUCAGUUGUUCCCUGGCAUGGCCAGCAACGUCGGUGCGAACAAUCCUCUUUCGUCCAACCAUCCUGGCGGCGUGAAUGUCGGCCUGGCCGAUGGUUCGAUUCACUUCUUCACCGACACGAUGGCCUUGGAAGCGCUAAAGAAGAUGGCCACGCGUGACGACGGCCAGGUCUUCGAUCGCUGCUCCGGCGGUGGGCCCACUGGGCCGACAGGCACCGUCGAAGGCACAUUGACCAACAAGGGCAAAAACCUUUCGCCGGAAACGAGUAUCGUAUUCAUUCACAACGAGAAAGGUACCGCCGCCUAUGGCAUGUUGGCCGAUGAUGGUUCGUACAAGCUCUCUUCGUCCGAAGGAGAUGCAAUUCCGGUCGGCAUGUAUCGCGUAAUGGUACAGCCGCCGGCGAGCACGCUAACCGCCGAAGACGAACCUUCCGCGGAAGAACUGCUCGACAAUCCGCAGCUCAGCAAACCGGCGAAGAACCAGAACGAGUUCGCCUUCAAGUAUCGCCAACUUUCAACAAGCGGCCUUCAGUUCGAGGUGACCGAAGGCGCCAAUCA